CUAUUACGUUGUGGACGGAUUUGACUUUUCUCUGCUUUAGCGCCGAUUUGCUAUUACGUUCCAAAAUCAAAGAUUGCCUAAUCGGUCUCCCUUUUACCCUCCCAAGCCGAAAUCGAUUCUCCACCCCACCCCACCCUCUCCCUCCCAACAUCAACAGAAGCCGUAGUUCCCUUCUCGCCGAAGAUCUCCUGUCCUCCGACGACAAUGGUUGCCUCCAAAAAGACCAAGAAGACCCAUGAGAGCAUUAACAACAGAUUGGCUCUCGUUAUGAAAAGUGGGAAAUACACUUUGGGUUACAAAACUGUUCUCAAAUCUCUAGAAGCUCCAAAGGUACUCCAUUGUUUCUUUAAAAUUGAACUUAUUCCUCUCCCAUAUUGAAAUGUCGAGCAAUCUGGUUGUUGUUUUGAACAUCUCUGUCACUUGUAGUUUGUUUUGUUAUAUGAAAAAUGAUGGGUUUGAUUUCUUGUUUUGACUAGUAAACUAAAAGUGAAUGAAUUCCAUUUUGGGAGAUAGUGUUUAAACAGAUUCUGUUUGAAAAAAAAAGAGAAAAAAAGAAAAAUGGAAAUGAAAUGAACCGUUGAAUCUGUUCUAUUAAAUCCUUAUAGUUUUUGUUUAUUGUUUCUUGAUUGAAAUAUGUUUGAUGCAUUGAACAUGGGUUAAUUAGUUUGGAAAAGAAGCAAAGUGUUAAAUACAACUAUUUUGGGUGGCGUCUACCAACAUUUUCUCUUGUCAUUUUAACAUCCAAAUUCAAGAUAUCCAAAAGGAAAGUUGGUUGUUGUUCUUUUCCUUUUUUUCCCAGGAGAUCCUGUGAAGAGAAUCAUGAGGAAGAGCAAAAGGAAAUAGGAAAGAAACAAAAGAAAAAAGAAUCUAGAAGAGUGAUUGAUGAGAUAAUGAUAAAUUCCAUUGCAUGAACAUUGUCAAGCGUAAAGCAAAUCAGAGAGAUUGUAGCAAUGAGCAGCAUGAACUCCUUACACCCCAGAAGAGAAGUAAAGCCAGGUUCAGAAAUCAUGACAUUCCAGGUUGUCCCUUGUGCAGUACUAGCUCUGUGUAUUCAUCCAACAACUUCCCAUAAUCUAUUGAAUCGGAUUUCCUGGGCAUUCUGUGUAUAUCUGGAAGCUGUUUCACUUUUACCUCAGUUGCGAGUGAUGCAAAACACCAAGAUUGUUGAGCCUUUUACAGCUCAUUAUGUGUUUGCGUUGGGUGUUGCAAGUUUGUGAACCUGGGACACAGCACAUGGAGGCUCUCUUCAAAGUUGUUUAUGAGCUCUACACAGAUUAUGUUUUGAAGAACCCCUUCUAUGAGAUGGAGAUGCCCAUACGAUUCGGACUCUUUGACAUCAACCUGACACAGGCAGUACAGAAGGAUCGUGUUGCACUUUUGGGGCGAUAAGCUGUCCUGGAACCAUUAUCUUACCAAAAUGUCACCAUCUCUUAUCUUCAGCCGUACACUUUUGAUGGAAGAUUGCUAUCAAGUUUGUAUAAACUUGUGUAUUGGGAUAUCAUCAAGCUCCUUUUGUUUAGCUCAUAAGUGCUGAAUUAAUUAUAACAUAUGAUUUCUGGAGUUACUUCUCCCAAUUAACAUUUAUAAAAUUAAUGAAAAAAUCCUUUGAAUUA